UGCCGUCAUUUUACUGUCAGAAGUUCUCGACUUAUCGUGCCCUGGAGAUUCAAUUUAAAAUUGUUUGUUCUUAUAAAAUUAUUGGUAAUAAUAUCGGGAAAUUUAAAAUACUUUUAUCUUAACAGAGAAUGUUAUUAGUUGAUAAAAUUGUUAUAAAAUUCGUAUUGCGUGUUUUUUUAUCUUAAUAAUUUUAAGCAAAAGUUAUCCCUCCUUGUUCACGAAAUACCGGUAAUCAAUUCUUGUUAUUAAGGUUCAAAUUUACAGUUGAUAAUCUUCUCAUUACUCUCUGGCUAAAAUGCAUUUGAUGGAUGAAAGUGAAGGUGAUGAGAAAAGUGAUCAGUGUUGUGCCAUUAAAACAAAUAAUUUUUUUCAUCCCUUGGAACAAUCGGAGCUUAUAAAAAAAGAGGAUGAUUACGAAAAAAUUCCAGAUCGACAGCGAUUAUCAUCGUCAAGUACAGAUGAUGAAAACAGCAGUUCUGAUCUAGACAAUAGUUCGUCGACUACUUCUACUAAAGAAUCACAGUUUAAUUCAAGUAUCAACAACGUUAAAUCUUCUCGAAAACGCAGAGGAAAUUUACCCAAGCACUCCGUAAAAAUAUUGAAAAGAUGGCUUUUUGAUCAUAGAUACAAUGCCUAUCCAAGUGAUGCUGAAAAAAUGACAUUAAGUCAGCAAGCCAAUCUCACCAUUUUACAGGUGUGCAAUUGGUUCAUUAAUGCUAGAAGACGAAUUUUACCUGAAAUGAUAAGAAAAGAAGGUGACGACCCUCACAAAUACACUUUAUCCAGAAGAAAUAAAAAAAUUUGUGAGGAUGUAAAGAAACCAGCGCAAAAUAAUCUUCAGUAUGAUCAGCCUGUGAAACUUGAUAUCAAUAAUGCUCCUACUUUUAAUGAAAGUGUUCUUGUUACUCCUACGAGCUCAAACUUAGUGAGCAAUCAAUCUGAUCAUGCAGUCAAUGCUGCAUAUAUGGACAGAAAUAACCAUAAUGAAUACAUUAGUCAUGUUAAUACUAAUAUGGUAGCAGAAGAUUCUGAAAAUUUUAAUUACUUACACAUAUUGGUAGAAGCAGCAGUAGCAGUUAGAAAAGAAGAGCGAGAACGACAAAAAUUUGAUAAGAUGUCAUUGAAACUUUAAUAUCGGUUUCGUUUAAUAUAGAACUAAUCAUUGUUAUAUUCAAUAUAAUAAAAUACUGAUAAAUUAUUUUAUGUAUGUGAACAACUACCAUGACUUGAUUCUACUGACAAAAAACUAUAAUUUACAUUCUUGUUUUAUAAAUGUGAAUUCGAAAAGAAAAAAAUCUCACGAAUCCGAACAAUUUUCUGAACAUAUUGCUUUUAAUUUAAGUGAUUCCAUUUAAAAACAUUGUAUCAGACACACACACAUGUGCGCAAUAUUAUUAAGGAAUGUCAUGGCAAUAAAUUUAUAAAUUAAAAAUUAA